ACACUUUUGUUGUUUUUGUGUAGAAAAGGAAAUUUGUGAGAAGUAUCCAUCCCAUGUGUAUUGGUGUACAUAUAUUAUGUAUGUUGUGUUGUGUGUGCGUGGUGAUUUGUGUUAUAUGCUUAUAGAAAGAAAUUAAUUAUAUGAGUGUAUUUUAACGAUGAAACUUACAUAAAUGUGAAGAAACACCGUGUUUUGUGUUAUCAAGUGCUAGUGAAUCCGUCAGGAGGCGGUAAUCAUUCAAGUUGGCGAAGGCACGUAGGGGCAUGAUCAAGGAGAAGGAGAAGGGCGGGGGCGCCCGCAUAAAGGACGAACCAAACGAUCCAACAGAACCCGGUCAUGGUUCACGUCCGCCGAGCGCGUCGUUGCCGACGCCGGCGGCGCUGAAGAAGGAGCCCGAGGAGGGGCAUCGCGUCAAGUUGGAGCCACACACGCAGCCGGAGGACGCCAACCAGGAGCUCGGCGUUGACGGCAUCAAGACUGAGAUCGACGGCCUUAUGGAUAGCGACGGUGACCCAACAAAAUCCCCAUCUUGCGAAAUGGGUGGCCCCGGCUCAUUGAAAUCGGAACGUCUCUCAUCUGAUUCAAACGAUAUUUUGGACCCGCAGACCGGCCUGAGAGGUUCAACAGGGAACCUGCAGGAUGGCAACCAGAACUGCCGCAACCCAAAUGAGAAUCUGGGCUCGUGUCGGAUGGGCGGAGGGCCUAUGGGCGGCGUCUCUAUGGGGCCUAUGUCCAGCGAAGCUCAGACCCUACCUGCGAACGUUAUCAGCAAACAGGCCGGCAGUAUGGAGCAAAGUCAGAUCUUCGUGUUCUCAACACUAUUGGCCAAUAAAAGUGCGGAAGCUGUGAUAUCCGGCCAGCACCACUCCAUCAUUGCCUACCACUGCGCUCAGCCUAACACCAAGAAGUAUUUAGAGAAACACCCACUGAAAAUAGGCCAGUUUAACAAACAAAGUCCCGCACAAUGGUUAAACAACCUCGCGAUGGCAAAGAACCGCGGAGGUAUGCGCGCCGGCCCCAACAUGAUGGGAGGUCCCAACCAAAUGGGCCACAUGAUGGGCGGACCCAUGGGCCCCAAUAUGGGACCUAUGGGUCACGGCGGCAUGGGACACAUGGGACCAAACAUGAUGGGCCCCAACCGAAUGGUCGGUCCCGGAAACCAAAUGAUGAUGAUGAAAGGCGGUCCAGGACAGAUGGGACAAAUGGGUCCUGGGAUGGGUCCCAUGGAUGGGUUUCCAGGGGGCACCCCGUCCUGUGGUGUCAUGGACGGCCUCGGUGCUGAUGGUGAAAUGCCAUGGGACACCAAAAACUCCUCAGUAAUGUCUAACGGCAUGUCGAACGGGCCGCCGCUGGCGAUGCCGCCGUGCUCGGAGGCGGGCGACGCGCCGCCGCAGAACGACGCCGCGGACUCGCAGUGCCAGCCCGGACCUAAAGCGGGUGUGAAGAUCCCCGACGAGAAUUUAACGCCGCAGCAGCGCGCGCACCGCGAGGAGCAGCUCGCCACCAUCCGCAAGAUGCAGCAGAUGCUGUUCCCCGAGAGCGGCGGCGCGGCGCCCGGCCCUGGAGACGGCCCCCAGCAGAACAACGACAUCAACCCGCCCAACUCCGCCGCCAACAUCAACAUGCCCUACCCGCCCAUGUCGCAAAUGGGACCCAUGGUCUCCGGACCCAACGGACCCAUGGUGUCCAUGUCUAACAGCAUGAACUCCGGACCCAGUUGUACUAUGUCAGGACCUAUGGGCCCAAACGGACCAAUGGGUCCCGGGCCGAUGGGACCCGGAGGCCCAAUGGGUCCGAAUGGUCCGAUGGGUGGACCAAUGGGUGGUAUGGGCGGACCGGGCGGGAUGGGUAUGGGUGGACACGGCUCUAUGGGGCCUAACGGUAUGAUGGGACCGAAUGGACCAAUGAUGACGGGUAUGGGACCUAAUGGUCCUAUGGGUCCUAUGGGACCGUGUGGGAUGAAAGGAAUUCGUGGUGCUUGUGGUGGGCCCGAUAUGAAAUCGGGAAUGUGUACAGAAAUGCAUAUGGGUAGAGGUUGCGGAGGUCCUAUGGGACGUAUGCCCAACCCAAUGGGCGGCAUGGGAGGGCCUAAACCCUGUAUGAUGGGCGGACCUCACAUGGGACCUCGGAUGAUGCCUGGACCAAAUAUGAAUGCAAUGAAUGGUGGUAUAAUGAUGGACGGCAGCAUGCUGGGCGGCAUGGUGCACGACUGCGGGCCCGACCACCACAUGCCCGUCAAUGGGCCCAUGUGCGACGAGUACGGCCGCGGACGUAAUAUGGGUCCGGGCGACCCCGGCGGGCUGGGCCCGGGGCACAAGGGCGGGCUGCGGAGCCCUAAGAGCCCCUCCGCCGGCGCAGACAUCGACUGGCAAAAGUUACACCAUCAGUUCUUUGACGACCCCAAAUCUAUGGAUACGGAACUCAGUACACAAGUUAAAUCGCCAUGUUCAGAAAGAGGGGGAUGUUUACCUCCCCCUCCUUACGGCGCAUCCCCACUACAUCGCUCGGCGUCGGUGCCUAUUGCGACAGCUUCGCCUUCACACGGCUCUGUGCAAAUGCCGAUGUCAGCGGAGGCGUCGCGCGCCGGCUCCGGACUCAACAGCCCCGCGCACUGCAAGCCAGGACAUAAACAGGACGCACCAGAGUUGCUGGAGAAACUGGACGCGGGCGUGUUUGUGCGGUCGCUGCAAUGUCUCGCGGAGAGACAACAGAAGCACGCGCACGGCAAGGAGCCUAGCCUGAUGCCGGUGCCCUCCCCGCAACAAAUAUCAUAUCUCAAUCAGUUCGAAGGUCAAGAAUUAACGAUACAAAAACAACCGAACACAUCGUUAAAGGACAACGGUCCGCCGUCAAACAGCGGCGGACAGACGCCACAGUCUAGUUCUAAUCAGAAAUCACCAGCAGGCAUGAUGCCGGGCACGCCGGAGCCGCACUCGUCGCUGUCGGAGCAGAGGUCGGGUCGCUUCUCCCUCGAGCAGAGUCCCAGCUUCAACAACCCGCAGACACCCACCUCUGGAGCUAAUACUAAAUGCGGAGAUGAGAAAUCGCGACCAAGUCCGUCAUCAAACCGGUCGAGUCAGGACAACGCGUCGAAGACGCCGCAGCGCGAGUCCGGUCUGAACCAGGGCCCGUACGCGCCCGCCUCCUCCGCUGCCUGCGUCAGCGCCAAGAGCAGCUGCAGCGUCACCACCGCGCCCAGCGGCAACAUGGACGACACCAUGGCCGGCAACAACGAGACGACAUUAUCAGGAGGUCCAAACAGCACGAGUCUACCGGGUCCAUUCCCGGGGCCGUGCAGCAUGAACAGGCCAGACAAUAUCCCCAUCAAUCCUAACCAAGGCCCGAAUGGCCCCAUGGGCACUUCCACGUCUUCCUUCGACCCGAUAUCCUCGCUGGCCCAGAUGUCGCAGCAGCUCACCAACACGGUAGGUGGCGGCGGGCCCGGUUGCAGUUGA